GCCGGCAAUGAGAAGAUGCUCCUCUCCCCCUGGAUAUAAACGGCAGAGAAGUACGCCUGUUUUUCGAUCAAAACACUGUUGAUAGUAGAAAACUCCACCUAAAGAGGAGGUCGCCAUUGGUAGCUUGGCCACCUAACAAGAAGAAAUGCAUAUGGAACCACAGGAUCUCGCCGUUGUGGAAAAAUCGGACGAAGCGCCACAAGCGCUGGGAAGCCGCCCUGAAGGUACUGUUGCUGCUGAUGAUGAUCUAAACACAGGAGACGAAGCUGUUGCCACUGUCCAGUCGCGGGAGCUAUAUCCGCAGCUCAAUGGGGUGUUCAAGACCAUAAACAGGCUGCUGGAUGAUGUUGUUAUGGAUUUGGAGUUCUUGAACGAUGAGACGAACCCGAGGGGAAUACUACAGGCCCAUCCGUUGGAGUACUCGGAGCAACUAUCGCAGAUCAAGUACAACAAGUAUGAGGUACGCUUUCUCAACGAGACGACGCCGCUGGCGUCGCCCGUGGAGUACAGGAAGUCUCUCUCCAACGGCGAGGAUAUGGUCACAAUCAUCAGAGCGCUUCUCUACACCAAUUCUGAGCCGUCGCUGUCCCGUACAAGAGUGUACCAUCUCCGAAUAGUUGUGAAGACCAGGCACGACGAGAAACCCGUGUCCAAGAAUGAAUUCCACCUGGCACAGCUCUCGCCCGAGGAUGAGAUUGACAUGAUUGAAUCGGCGUUGGUGAAGGAAACAGAUCAGCAGGUGGUGAGAGACUCCCUGCCAAAGCUGUUAGACUCCGCCUCCUAUGUCUGUGCCUUGACGAAAAAGGCGGUGAGGUUUGAGAUCUCCGCACCAGAGUUCGACCAUGAGGAUCUCCACGAGUUUGAGAUUGGUCCAAUCAACGUGAGACAUAGAAAGGCAUUCGACAAGUAUCCAGACGUGUCUGAAAAUCCCCCUUCUCCUGCACAAUGUCUUCAUACCCUUUUUAAGGCAUUGAGAGUCCCUCUUCUGUCGGAACCAACAGAUGACAUUAAAUCCAUUCCUGCAGAGAACAAAUCGCUGAACAUCAGCAUCAACCCAAGUAUACUCUUGAAGAAGAUGCAUUUCGAACUGAACCAUAAUGAAUACUUCCCCCCUAACAUUUCCAAUAGGGAUGAUCGCAAGAGCAACAUCAUCAGAGAAGCCUUUAUAAGACAGAUAACAGAGAUCAUACUGUUGGGUACUAAGGCUUAUUCACAAGGUGCAGCCAAUCCAUUCGCACACCAUCGAUUUAGCAAGAAUUUUGACCUAGUGUUCCAUGCACUGCAAGAUAACGCAUCGACACUACACCAUAAGGAAGUCCUGAAGGACAAAUUCUUCAUUGACCUGUCUGCGUUUCCAUUCUAUAGUGACGAUUUGUUGAUCACCUGCUACAAAAAGACACUUGAAUGUGAUCAGCAAAACGCAAUGGUGUACUACGACUCCUUGAAGGAAAUUCAACAGAGGAAAGCAACGUUGAAACUUUCUCAUUUUGUUAGAGAGUUACACUUAUCUGGUGUAAUCGGCUAUUCAGAUUUGGAGAAUGCUUACAAACACCUAAAUAUUGAUCCAGUUCAGGCCCCACAUAUCGAUGAUGAGCUUCUGCUUACUAUGUAUAAGAAUGAAACCUCUAUGAACCCUUCAGACUCUACCUUGAGAGAAUCUAUGAUGUUAAUUGCUCGUCAGAGAGGAAGUUCCAAAUUGGAGCAUUACCUCAAGUAUGAACCUUUACCUUUGGAAAAGGCAUAUGAGGUGCUCGACAUAGACCAUUCUGUCGACGAUGAUAUUGUGGCUACAGCGGUGUUAAUCAAGAAGGGUGACUCACCGGAAGAGGAGGAGUUGUUGAACAGGGCGUUCCUCACAAUUGCCGUGAAUAGAAAAAGUUUCUUGUUGUUGAAUGAAGCUGAGCGUGACUUUCCCGAUCUCAAUGAACAAAUGGAUUUUAAGGAAGCUUGUGAAUACUUGGGUGCUGACGAGAAUGCUGAUGAAAUUCAGUGUAUCAACAUCUUCCAACUGGGACAACGUGAAAUCAAAACAGCAAGAUAUGCACUUCGUGUCAUUGGUCAGAAGUGGAAUUCAGGUUUAACAGAUAGUUUUCUAAAAACUGGAUUGAUUGAUCAAAAUUCCCUUCCUCCAAGCGAAUGGCCUGUUGGAUUGGAUAACAUUGGAAAUACUUGCUAUUUGAAUUCGCUGUUGCAAUAUUAUUUUUCAAUUAAGCCAUUAAGAGAUACUAUUCUUUCUUUUGAUGAAGUUUUCGAAGAAGACUCUGAUAUUUACAAAUUGAGAAGAAUUGGCGGACGGUUAGUUGAUGACAACGAGAUCGAAAGAUCCUUUCAAUUCAUCUACCAGUUAAGGGAUCUUUUCUACGAACUCAUCCACACAAAGAACAGGUGUAUCCAACCGACUAGAGAAUUGGCAUUCUUGGCCUUUUUACCAAGUUAUCUCAAAGUCGAGUUUGAAAAGGAUGGAGAAGUGAAUGAUAAUAAUGUGGUCAUCAUUGACGAAAAUACAUCCAAGGAUUUAAUUGAUCUGACCAACUCUUCUGAUGAUAUUGUGAUGGUUGAUGCUGAGCCACAACAGAAAUCCGAUGAGUUAGCACAACCACCAGAUCUUGCGAAUGUCCCGGAUGAAGAUCAGGAUAAAUCAGUGAUCAAUGAUACGAUCACUGGAGCUGAUACAGCAUGCCAUAAGACUGGAGGCUCAUCACUGAAGGCAGCUAGAAUCUCCGACAGUGAGAUCGAAAAUGCAUACGAAAUUGGGAGACAACAGGACGUCACGGAAUGCAUAGGUAACGUCCUCUCUCAAAUAGAAGCUGCGAUGAAGCCAGAUGCUUUGGAUGAAACAGAUAAUGAACAAAUUGACUUUGUAAAGAAACUCUUCUAUGGAAAUACGGUUGCACAUUUGGUGAAUCCUAGUGAUACGGCGAUUAGAAGAGAGACCACUGACAAGUUUUCCAACUUGUACGCCAACGUUAUGGAUCAUCCAAGACACUUGUAUGAAGCCAUUGACAAUGCCUUUGCUAGCGAGGAAGUGAGUACGGGUGGGGAAACAUUGACCAGAACGGAAAGAAUUACACAUCUUCCAACCAUCUUACAAAUCCAAAUCCAAAGGGUAUAUUACGACAAACAAUUAUGUCGUCCAUAUAAGGAUAUUAGUCCUUUACCAUUCCCUGAAACACUGUACAUGGAUAGGUACUUGGACACUGAUGAUCCAGAAAUCAUCAAGAAACGUGCUGAGGUUGUCGAAUGGAAGUCUGAAUUGGCUGCUUUGAAAAGAAGAAAGGAUAAAUUACUCAAGAAAAACACCUACGGGUUGACAUACAAAGACGCUCUAAAGUCACUUCUGCAGUGGACAGAUGAUGAAGAUCUUUGUAAAAAGGAGACAAGAGUGUCUAUCCAGGCUAUUAUUGACAAGAUUGACGUGGAACUUUCAAGUAUCUACACGAAGACUCAGGAACUGCAAAAAAAGAUAGAUACCCAAUUUGACAACUAUCAGAAGUAUGGAUACUCAAUAUUUGCAAUAUUUAUCCACAGAGGUGAGGCAAGUUAUGGACAUUACUGGAUCUAUAUCAAAGACCGCAAGAAGAACGUAUACCGUAAGUACAACGAUGACCAGGUUACAGAAGUUGCCAUCUCUGACGUCUUGAACUUUAACGAAGGUAACACGGCUACACCUUAUUUCCUCGCGUAUGUUAAGAAUACAGAGGAGGAAACUAUAGUAGAUCCAUUGCAUAGAAUUGUUGAUGAAUAAACGUUUAGUGGGUUGCCUAUAAGUUUUUAAGCUACAACGAUUACAGAAUAUGACAAUUUUUAGUACUAUUUUACUCAUCAACAUGGCUCUUUAACCCUUCUAAGCACUUCUCUGCAACAUACACCAUCUCUU